AUUUACUCUGUCCCAGUUUGUUCCCCAGAGAGACUACUCGUGCACACAUGCCAUUUGCUCAAACAAACACAACACGCAACACCCAGUAGUGCCCAAAGUGGUCAGACAUGGAGGAGCUGGUUCUGACUCUCAGUUCACUUUGUGCAGCAUGGAUGGAGCUCUGCAGCGUGCUGGAUGGAGAACCUGAGGAGUGACAGCAUUGCGCGACACUGAUCGGAAACUUGUGCAGCCUGCAUUGCCAUGGAGUUAGGAAAAGUUUGGUCCAGACAUCAGAGGACACUGCUGAUCACCAUGAUGAUGUUCAAACUCGGUCUUCUGUGUACAGCAGCAGCAGACAAAUGUCUCUCAUCACCCUGCAACAAUGGCGCCACCUGUCUUGAACAUCUGGGUGACUAUGUGUGCCUUUGUCCCAAAGGACCCGUAUGGUACAUGGGCAAAAACUGUGAUGAGCUGUAUGACGCUUGCAUCUUGGCACCUUGCACCAACUGUACCAGCAGUCCCGGAACUGGCAAUUUCACAUGCCACUGUCCGGAUGGCUUCACAGGCCUCAACUGCACCCAGGAUGUAGACGAGUGUGAGAGCAACCCCUGCAAAGGUAUCAGGUCUUACUGUGUCAACAGAAUUGAUGCCUAUUCAUGCCACUGUCCAUAUGGAUUUGGAGGCGAAUACUGUGAGUCUAAGAUCACCACUUGCUCAGAGGAAACAUGCCACAAUAGGGGAACCUGUAUUGACAUUCCUGACAUUGGACAUCAUUGUCAGUGUCAUGCUGGAUACCAAGGGGCCAGCUGUGAAGAAAAUAUCAAUGAAUGCAAGUCUGCACCCUGUCAAAAUGGUGCCAUCUGUAAAGAUGGCGUCAAUGCCUACCAGUGUUUCUGUGUGCCUGGAUUUCAAGGCUUCCACUGUGACUUGGACAUAAAUGAAUGUGCCUCCGCACCAUGUCAAAAUAAUGGCACAUGUUUGGACGAAGUGGACAAUUACAUCUGUGAUUGUGCUGAAGGUUUCAAAGGGAUUAACUGUGAGGUAGAGAUUGAUGAGUGCGAAGUACAACCCUGCCAGAAUGGCGGUACCUGCCGAGACUAUGUUGCCACGUACACGUGUGAGUGUAUGGAUGGCUUCCAGGGUCAAGACUGUGAGAUCAACAUUGAUGAAUGUGCCAGCAUGCCAUGUCUGAAUGAAGGCAGGUGCAUUGAUGGGGUCAACAGAUAUAAGUGUGACUGUGAGGGGACAGGCUUUGAAGGUCACAACUGUGAGGAGGAUAUUCCUGAAUGUGCUUCAGGUCCAUGCCAGCAUGGAGGCACUUGCUUGGAGGGGAUCAACCAGUACAAAUGCCUCUGUUUGCCAGGUUACAAGGGAGAGAACUGCCAGGUAGAUGAAGAUGAGUGUGAGCAGUACCCCUGUGAAAAUGGCGGGGAAUGCUUCCAGCGCUCAGAUGUUGAGAACUAUGGGGUACUCCCUGAACUCAGCACAGCCAAUUUUUCCUAUGAAGAAGCAGCUGGAUUCAUCUGCUACUGUCGACCUGGAUUCACAGGAGAAAAUUGCUCUCUCAAUGUGGACGAGUGUGAGUCUGCUCCGUGUCAGCAUGGAGGAAGCUGUGAGGAUUUAGUAAACUCGUAUCAAUGUUUGUGCUCUGAUGGCUUCACAGGUAUGCAUUGUGAAGUGGAUAUCAAUGAGUGUGACAGCAAUCCCUGCCAGAACGGUGCCACGUGCGAAGAUGCUGCCAACUCUUAUAUAUGUCAGUGUCCUGCUCCAGAACCUGGUAGAGAGCCAUUGGGUGGGCGCAACUGUGAUGUUCUCCUGGUUGGCUGCCAUCAGCACCAUUGUCAACAUAAUGGCGUCUGCAUGCCUCUGCUGACAGCGUAUGGUGAGCAUAGCUACACGUGCCUCUGUGGGCCAGGCUGGACGGGAGAACUCUGCAACACCUCUACCACCUUUUCCUUCAACUCCGAGGGCUACGUCCACAUGCAGCUUCCCGUUUCUAAAAACAGAGCAAGGCAAAGUACUGAUGACUACAACUAUGGACUCCAUAUGCAGCUAAGAUUCAGGAGCACUUUGCCUGACAUGUUGUUGUACCAUCGUGGUACCAUGGAACACUUCAUCUCCCUGGAGUUAGUUCGGGGUUCUCUCCAGGCCAGGUUAAAAUGUGGGAGGUUGCUACAGGUCAUUUAUCCAGGUCCAGUCAAUGACGGCGAAUGGUACCAAGCCACUGUGACCAUGGACGAGAGACUGAUUAUGGUUGUAGAAGGACCUGGCUGUGAAGAAGGAUGUCAAGUGAAAAAUGAAGUGUACAACCAUCUGAUCUUUUUCCAGUCAAACUCCUUUCAACAGCUGUAUGUAGGAGGAGCGCCUAAGGAAUAUUUGACACUCACGUCAAGUGGGAGGAGUUUCAUUGGCUGCAUGGAAGACCUUAGAGUUGACUAUAAAUUGCUGCUUCCUCAAGACCUCAUGAGAGAGGAGAACACAGCCUUGGAAUUGGGAUGUGUCAAAGAGGAUUUGUGCCAAGACGACCCUUGCAAACAAUUGGGGUUUUGUUUGGACAUGUGGGUUGUGGCCAAAUGUCAGUGUCACCGGCCAUACUUUGGAGAAACAUGUGACAGAGAAUAUCCGUCCUGGACCUUUGGUCAUGAAAACACUACAAGCUACGCUGUCUUCAACGUCACAGAAACCCAUGGAGAAAAUUUCACCAUCUCCUUUAUAAUGCGCUCUCUUAAAAAAAAUGGCCUUCUUCUGCAGUUUCGCCGGGAGGAAAAGUCCUACCUGACAAUCUACCUGAAGGAAGCUACGGUUGCCAUCUACAGCCCUUACACCACCCUCUUGUCAGAGGCUAAGUUUGUUACAGAUGGCAAAAAUAAUUUGGUGACGAUAAAAGUAAACUAUGGCCAUGUGUUCUUCCCAAUAGCUCGGAACCAUCGCGCCUUAGGGAAUGUGAGCAUAGAGGCAGGGGAUGUUGUUUAUGUUGGAGGACUCCCUAUAGGUGAAAAUCUCAAUGACUGGGGUGGAAAAUUCAAGGGCUGCCUACAAGACAUUCGAUUGGACGACAAACAUUUGUCCAUUGUGGGCCAUAACGAAGAGGUGGAGAUUUAUCAGGCAACUGCAGAGAAGAAUGUUCUGCCAGGAUGUCAAAGUGACAAUACAUGCAGGAAUGAGCCCUGUCUCAACGGUGGAAAGUGUCAAAUCACCUGGAAUGAUUUCAAGUGUGACUGUUCCAUUAACUUCUCUGGACGACUGUGCGAGAAACGUUUGUGGUGUGUCGAAAACCCUUGCUUCGAAGGAGGGCAAUGUGUCGACCUAUUUGAUGGUUAUGAGUGUUUGGCUGAAGCCAUUUUCCAGGACAAUGCCCUUGAGUAUUUUGCCAACAGCUCCCUGUUGAGCCCAGUAACAAACAUCACGAUGGACAUUAGAACACGGGACGACAACGGUAUCUUGUUGAGGGCCGAGAGCCAAGCUGAGGUAUUCUGUCUGGGUCUCCUUAAUUCCACACUUCUGGUCAAAAUGGACACUGGAACGAGUGCAGACCUGCUAGCUUUUACCAGUGACAGGGCCAUUGCAGAUGGGGCAUGGCAUCGCAUCCAGUUGACCAUGAUCGACCCUUCACAGUCAGUGUCCCGAUGGCGUCUCACUGUAGAUGGGCAGACAGCGGGUUGCAGCCUUGGAGUUGCUGGCAACCUUAACUUCCUCAAUGAUACCAAAAUUUGGCUGGCGGAGAAAUAUGCUGGAUGUUUGGGGGAAGUGAGAGUCGGUGGAAUCUACCUACCAAUUUUCAGUGUACCAGACGCCCCUCAGAUAAGUCAUUUCUCCAGACUGAGUGGACAUGAGCCAAACUUCGGAUGCAAGGGUGCCCCAGUUUGUGACUCUCAGCCAUGUUUCAAUGAGGGUGUGUGCCAAGACCAUUUCAAUGAGUUUAACUGCAGCUGCAACCCAGGGUGGGAGGGAGAACUAUGUGAGGCCGAGAUAAAUGAGUGCUCUUCUGGACCCUGUGUCUAUGGGACAUGUAAAGACCUUCUGGCAGACUACCAGUGUGACUGCGAGCCUGGAUAUAUAGGGAAGAACUGUCAGGAAGAAGUGGAUAACUGUUUGGAGUUUAGCUGCUUAAAUGACGGUACCUGUGUGGAAACAAUGGUAACUCAUACCUGUGUAUGUCCUCCUGGAUACGUGGGCAAACGCUGCCAGCGGCGAUUCCCUCCAGCAGCAUGUGAUGCCAAAACAGAGUGCCUUAAUGGAGGAGUUUGCAUAGGGGGGGACACUGGUGGCAACUGCACCUGCAAGCCAGGGUACACUGGUGCCAGGUGUGAGACAGAAAUAGACGAAUGUGAGUCCAGCCCUUGUCUCAAUGGUGCCACUUGUCUAGACAGAUUCAACCACUUCCAGUGUGUAUGUGUGCCAGGCUACAGUGGCACACUGUGUGAAAGCAAUAAAAGGGAGCAAAAAGAGCGGGUCCCUUGGCUGGUGGUGACCAUCCCCCUCAUCACAUUAUGUGUAUUACUAGCCAUCCUAGUUAUCUUUUUCCUCAUCAUGACGGCCCGGAAGAAGCGGCAGUCAGAGGGCACCUACAGCCCCAGCUCACAGGAGGUAGCUGGAGCCCGGCUGGAGAUGGGCAGUGUCCUCAAAGUGCCCCCUGAGGAGAGGCUAAUCUGAGACCUGCAGACUCAAAUUAGAGGCUGUGCGGAACUAGUAGAGAGCAGAAUAUCUAUGCUCUGAAAGGCAGUGCUAUGCCCCACCACUCCAAAAAAAAGUGGAAAGUCAGAUGGAUCUAUUGUCUAAAUGACCGAUGCUCCAUUUUGGGAGAACUACUGAUGUUGAAGCUUCAGAGCUGGAUAAGGUAAAAUCCAAUCAAAAGACAGGCCAUGGCAACGAUGGGUUUUCAAAGAUGUGAAAAGUCGCAAAGACAAUCUCAAUGUUUGAAGGAUUUCGACUCAAAUUUAGAACACAAUUAAUUAAUUCAUCAACUGAAGAAACCACAUUUUUAUUUAUAUUUAUAUUAAAUAAUGCCCUGUUUUCAAAGAUAGUUAAUGAAUUUCUUCCAAAUAUUGUGGAUGUUUACAUCUGGUUCAAAACAUGUGUCCUGACCAAUCCGAUCACAAGUGGACAGCUAUCUUUUGUUAUUUAUUAGAUAAUAUCGGCAAAAGUCAAUAUUUCAGACAUAUUCAAUUAUGUACUCUUGGUUUAUGACACUAUAUCAUUUAAGAACAAAUGUUUUUCAGAAUGUUUUUUUUUUAAAUUAUUAUUAUAUAUCUUACAUUACAGUCAAUAUUUUAUAUAAUUUUUAAUUGUAAACAGAGAGCAUUGACUUUCAAACUAAUACAUUUUAAGUAAGAUUCUAAGCUGUUUUUUUGUGGCAAGAGCUUAAAUUAUUAAAUCUGGCCCAUCCUAUUUUAAUUUAAAUCCUACGGACCAAAAGAGCAUUCAUGACUUCCAUCUUCCUUAUUUGCAGAUAAAUAGUAAUCAAAUGUUUGUACUCCAACAGUAACCCAUGAAGGCAUUAUAUUAACCACUAAGUAUUAAUAUAUGGUAAUUGACCUCAAGCAUCUUCAAUAUUAUUUGAUGCUGCACUGGCUAGGAUAUCUAAUAUACAGUAUCUGUCAUUGGUAUUCAACCUACAAUGAGUUUGGCCCAAAAUUCUCAAUAUUCCUGCAUUAAUAUUAUGAAAGUAAAGUUACAAGAAUAACAUUGCAAACAGACCUUUGUGGUGGUAAGCCACAGCUACGCUGGGGUAGUCUAGCACAAGCGUGGCUGCCAUUUUGCACCUAUGGCCCCUCUGAUCACCAACAAACAGCCAACCACAGUGAGUCCGAGGCAAUGUGGGUUAAGUGUCUUGGCCAGGGACACACUGACAUGCGCUCGGGUAGGCACACGGACCAGUAACUCUCUGGUAGCAGGGUGUACACUUACCCUCUGUGCCAUACCACCAAGUGAUCAGUAUUAUUUCAUGUGGAUUUAAUUACUAAUAUCGUAGGUAGGACUUGUUGAAGGUUGAAUUGGUAUUAGUCUUUUUAUUUUCUAGAAAGCACUGAAAUUACACAUUAUUGCUUCUAUGAGGCACAGAUUAGCCACACUGUAAAUAUGUACUAUGAGAAAACAUUUUCAAAUGAUUUUGUGGAAAUUUGUGUUUUCUAUUUUGACCUUUAGAAUGUGACAGCAAAAAUAAAAAUGUAGAGAAAUGACACAAUAAUUGUUUUUGAAGGCGUAUGAUGACAAAUUAACACGAAUACUCCAAUUGAGAUCGGAUCACUCAGGACGCAUAUGAUUAUACCAGGUCUACUCUGAACAGGACUAUUGUUUGAACUUAAAGGUCCCAUAUUUUGGCUAUUUAGACCUCCAUAGAGUGACUCUCUAACAUGGACUUAGUGUAAAAGUGACAAUUUCAUUUAAAAAAAAAACCUUGGUUUUGUCAUACGAGUGUCCAGAAAAGGCCCCUCUGACAGCUACUUCUGUUUGACCCAGUUUUGUAUCCGCUUUGUCCAUAUUUGGCUAAGACUACCGAGCGAGCAGGUCUGCCCCCUUUCCUGAUUGGUUACCUCCAUGUAGAAGACCCACUUGUGAGAGCACGCAUGUUAUGUCGACAGCACUGGAAGGCAGAGUUCUUCACUAGUGACGUCGAUAAGCUCAGGAAAUUCGUGUUACCGGAUUUCAGGCCUCUCGGCAGAAAAAUGUCUGGAACUCAGGAAUGCGUGGAAGAUUCAUCCAUCCAUCCAUCCAUUUUCAACCGCUUAUCUGAGGCCGGGUCGCGGGGGCAGUAGCUUUAGGAGGGACACCCAGACUUCCCUCUCCCCAGCCACUUCAUGCAGUUCUUCCGGGGGGAUCCCGAGGCGUUCCCAGGCCAGCCGAAGAUCUCUCCAGCGUGUCCUGGGUCGUGCCCGGGGUUUCCUCCUGGUGGGACGUGCCCGGAACACCUCACCAGGGAGGCGUCCGGGAGGCAUCCAAAUCAGAUGCCCCAGCCACCGCAUCUGGCUCCUCUCGAUGUGGAGGAGCAGCAGCUCUACUCUGAGAUCCUCCCGGAUGACCGAUCUUCUCACCCUAUCUUUAAGGGAGAACCCGGACACUCUGCGGAGGAAACUCAUUUUUGAAAUUCUGUCCAUAAAAGUUAUGAACAGAAUCGGUGACAAAGGGCAGCCUUGGCGGAGUCACAACCCUCACCGGGAACGAGUCCAACUUACUGCCGGAUAUGCAGACCAAACUCUGACUCCGGUCGUACAGGGACCGAACAGCCCGUAUCAGGGUGUUCGGUACCCCAUACUCCCGAAGAACCCCCCACAGGACUCUCCGAGGGACACGGUCGAACGCCUUCUCCAAGUCCACAAAACACAUGUAGACUGGUUGGGCGAACUGCUAUGCAAUCUCAAGGAUCCUGCCGAGGGUGUAGAGCUGGUCCAGUGUUCCACGGCCAGGACGAAAACCACACUGCUCCUCCUGGAUCUGAGAUUCGACUUCCUGACGGACCCUCCUCUCCAGCACCCCUAAAUAGACCUUUCCAGGGAGGCUGAGGAGUGUGAUCCCCCAGUAGUUGGAACACACCCUCCUCCUCUUAAAAAGGGGGACCACCAUCCCAGUCUGCCAAUCCAGAGGCACUGUCCCUUAUGUCCACGCGAUGUUGCAGAGGCGUGUCAACCAGGACAGCCCCACAACAUCCAGAGCCUUUAGGAACUCCGGGCGAAUCUCAUCCACCCCCGGGGCCUUGCCACAGAGGAGCUUUUUAACCACCUCAGUGACCUCAACCCCAGAGAUAGGAGACCCCGCCUCAGAGAACCCAGACUCUGCUUCCUCAUGGGAAGGCAUGUCGGUGGAAUUGAGGAGGUCUUCGGAGUACUCUCCCCACCGAUUCACAACGUCCCGAGUUGAGGUCAGCAGCGCCCCAUCCCCACUAUACACAGUGUUGGUGAUGCACUGCUUCCCCCUUCUGAGAUGCCGGAUGGUGGACCAGAAUUUCCUCGAACCCGUCCGGAAGUCUUUCUCCAUGGCCUCACCGAACUCCUCCCAUACCUGAGUUUUUGCUUCAGCGACCACCAAAGCUGCAUUCUGCUUGGCCAGCAGGUAACCAUCAGAUGCCUCAGUAGUCCCAAAGGCCAAAAAGGCCCGAUAGGACUCCUUCUCCAGCUUGACGGCUUCCCUCACCGUUGGUGUCCACCAAUGGGUUCGGGGAUUGCCGCCACGACAAGCACCGACCACCUUACGGCCACAGCUCCGGUCAGCCGUCUAAGCAAUGGAGGCGCGGAACAUGGUCCACUCAGACUCGAUGUCCUCCGCCUCCCCCGGAACGUGAGCAAAGGUGGGAGUUGAAACUCCUUCUGACGGGGGAUUCUGCCAGACGUUCCCAGCAGCAUGCGUGGAAGAUUGUAAUUCAUAUUUCACAUGUUUACUGAGGCACCAUGGAGACAAUAUUACAUUACCCAUAUUACCGAAAUACUAGAAAAAGUUGGUUUGGCAAAAUACGGGACCUUCAAGUGACACUGGAUUUUAGUUUUUUAUGUCUAUUUUACAUGGGAUUUUUGUAUUUGUAUUGUAAUUGUUCCCAACAAAUCCAUCAUUAUAGUUACUUUUUAUGUUAUAUAGAAUGAGAAUAUGAGAAGACUUAACAUAUACACAGGCAUAUACUGUAUGCACCAAUCAAGCAUAGCAUUAUGACCAAUAAUAUUCAAUACAUGAGGUGUAUCAAAUAUUCUGCCUUUACAACGAUAAUAGUCAGUCUACAAUAAUAAACACAUUUUUAAAUGAAUACCCGACAUCUGACAGUGUCAAUCAAAGCAGAGCACCUAAAUCGGAAUAUUUAAUACUGCUCUUGUAAUGUAAUUGUGCAAGGGGUCAUAAUGUUGUGGCUGUUCGGAAUACACGCCUGUCUCAACAUAGCCACAUACAUCUAUCCAUCCAUUCUCAACACCGCUUACCCUGGUUAGGGUCGCAGGGUGCUGGAACCUAUCCCAGCUGACUUCGGGCGAAAGGCGGACUACACCAUGAACUGGUCGCCAGUCAGUCGCAGGACACAUAUAGACACAGACAGCCAUUCGCACUCACAUUCACACCGUCAUUGAGUGGGAGCUGAACCCACGCUGACUGCACCAGUGUCAGGCGAGUAUACCACUCCACCAUCAGUGACUCAUAGCCACAUCAUUUAACAUAUUGAAUAUGUUGAUUAUUUGUAACAAAGUAGAAAUGCCAGUUGCGGUGAUAACAUGUCUGUGACGGCCCCCCAUAAUGCAAGCCCAAUGUCGAGUACGGUUUUCAUUACCAUGAUGAUUAGUGGAAAAACCAGGAUGUGAUUACUUGUUGACCAGAGUCUAAAAAAGUGAGUCUGCACUUCAGCACAUCAACCAAGCGUCCAACUUACACUUGUAGUGUGCGGAUCCAUGUAUGUGCUCCAUGCAGUGGAGCUUGCUCUCAGACACGUUUUUGGAAAUAGGCAGCUCACUAAAAAUGUAUCGGGUUUGUGUAAAUUCCCACAUUUAUCGGGUGUGCACUCAGAGACCCAACAAUACAUAUACAAGCAAUUUUAAAAAUACAUUUUCCACAGUAAGGAGGAAAAUAGAUUAUGACUGAUUCUGAUCGGGGCGGCAGGGUGGCCGACUGGUUCUGAGGACCCAGGUUCAAAUCCGGCCUCGCCUGUGUGGAGUUUGCAUGUUCUCUCCGUGCCUGCGUGAGGUUUCCUCCCAUAUCCCAAAAACACGCAUGGUAGGUUAAUUGAAGACUAAAUUACCCGUAGGUGUGAAUGCAAGAGCGGAUGGUUGUUUGUCUAUGUGUGCCCUGUUAUUGGCUGGCGACCAGUUCAGGGUGUACCCCGCCUCUCGCCCAGAGUCAGCUGAGAUAGGCGCCAGCACACCCGUGACGCUAGUGAGGAUAAGCGGUAUGGAAAAUGGAUGGAGGGAUGAUUCUGAUCAGAUCGUUCAUAGCUAACUAGGACCCUUUCAAUAUCACUUUGUUGUUUGUUUGUCAUCCAUUAUGUUCAAUGUGAACACACAAUUAAUUUUGUCACAUGCAGAUUACAGGUUCCUCUUCUAUUCAUUUUUUAAUGUUCAAACUUGCCACCUCCAACUGAAAGUGUGUUUGACUCAGUCAGACUAAAGAAAACUGGUGUCAACAUAUCUGAAGGACAUAGACAACUGCAUAGUGUCUGAAAAAUCACUUGACUUAAACCUCUAAAUGAUCCCUCAGAUCACAUUUAGAUGGUUUUUAUCUUCGAAUGUGUCUUAAAACUGGAAUUUGUGAAAUUAGUGACGGAUGGUUUUGAAUACGGAUGGUUUUGAAUACACACACUGACUCAACACACUGAUAUGUAAUGACUGCUGUAAUAUGACUCGAGGUGUAAACCUUUUGUGGUCACCAUUAAUGUAUGUAAAUAUGAUGUGAAUGCUUUGUGUUUUCUGUGUUGUUUGGAAUAUUCAGCAUUUCCUGUGUUUUCAGUUUUUUUUUUUUUUUUAACAUAUUCAAAGUGGAUGGUAUUUAAUUGAGAAACGCAUUACUGGGAUCUAAUGUAGUCACAUCUCACUGCCACAGUUUCCUCGAUGAGAACGAACACAUUAUAGUACAUUGUAUUAUUAUUUUCUGGAGGUAUAAAAACUGGAAGUAGCAUGAAUCUGUGUCUAAAGACAUGCAGGCAUACUGUACAUAGGUCAGUCCUGGCCAGUUUUACUCGCUGUACAGUUCAGUCUGGUGUCACUCAUUUAUUCCAGACAAAGUACAUAAGAAAACAAAUCAAUCAGGGACAAAAUGUGAAAUAUAUUGGUGUUUUUUUUGUUUGUUUGUUUUGAUUUUUAAACAGAAAUAUACGGUUAAUUUAAAUAAGAAAAAGGUCAAUUUAAUCUAAUCAUAGUUGUUUGAUUAUUAGUCAUUGUCUGGCUUAAUGAAACAGCACAAAUACAACAAGAUAGACUUCCUGCAUCUAUAGCACCAAUGCCUCCAUGGGUCAUCAUUGAACACAUUGUUACCAAAUAAACAGGUGAUGGAUAUAAGUCAUUAAAUUGCAAUGAUAGAGAAUCAAAUUGUUGUGCACAUGACCAACAGAAUUAAGCAGUUCAUUAACCAAUCCCAGGCUGGACUAGAACCCUUAGUUCCAUAGAAUUCCCACAUAGAGCAUAAUUUAAAUGUGCUAAUGUUUUCUCUUGUAUGUGUUUUGUGAGGCCAAUGUUUUUUUCAGAAAAUAAGCAUUGGGCCAUGAGAGCAAAUCCCUAGUCUUUUUUGAUGCAUUAAUUGAUGUUUUUUUAAUACUUUUUUUCAAUGUGGGUGUUUGUGUUGGUUUAAUCUCCACUAUAACCCUCCUCAUCCACCCACCUUUCCCCUUCAUGCAGAGCUCCAUUGUACUGGUGCUUCUCCUCUAACUUAUGUUUACUCCAACAGCCUUUAUGAAGGUAUCUCUAUGAAGGUAUUGGGAUUACUUAGUUCCCUUGUAAAAUGCCUAAAGGGACUGCAGAGGUCUGUCUUGUGUAUGAUGAGAUGCAAGUUGUGCCUUCAUGUUUUCAAAUAUUUCUUUUUGUGGUAUUUAUUCCUGCUCAACUCAACAAAGGACAGCUGACUCAUCCCAUACACACAGCAAUUUUAAGUUGAUUGUGGUAUUAAACAGUGAAACACUGUUCUAAAGAAUAAAGGAAAAUCUGAUUCUGUCAUAUGUGUACAUUAUGGUUGAGAUCUCACUGGAGUCGUCAUUGUUGGACCAUGCAUAGUACAAUUCAAAACUGGAAGUGCUUUUCCAAAGUAUUAUGGGUUCAUGUUGUAUCACUUGUAAAUUUGUAUUGGAAAUAGUAAAUUUCAGCACCACAUUAAAACUAAUCAGAAAUAUACUACUUAUGCUUUCAUUUAGUUUGACCAUUUUCAAAAAAAUGGAUAACUUAAUGUGUAAUUAAGCUUUCAGAUAUCUGAUAACGUGUUUACUGUCCACCAGAAAUGAUCAAUCCCAAAAGUGGAUUGUUCCACAUUAUGUCGUAUGUAUAGCUGGAAUUGUUGCUCUUUGUAAACAAGAUGAAAUGUAUUUUUACAAUACAUUGUUAAAGGAAUAAUAAAGAAAUAGUGAUUGCCAUUUCA